AUGUCUACCUCUUUGGCGCGUACGCUAAGAAACUUCUGGAGGUCGGGCGUGAAGCGCUCGCUCAAGCAGAUUGCCUACCUCAACGAUACCAAGAGUGGUACUUUGGUGGGCAUUGAUGAUUUCGGUAACAAGUUCUACGAGACCCAGAACCCGGAGGAAAUCCAUCUUAGAACCAGAUGGGUGGAAUAUAUUGACUUCUGGAGAUUUGAUAUGUCGCAGGUCGAGCCUGGUUGGCAUUACUGGUUGGCUUACGGAACUGACACUCCACCAAACAAGCUGACCGAAGCCGAAAAGCCUGAGAGGGCAUACCCGGUGCCACCAGUGCACAAGUCAAACCUCACUUACACCAAAGGUGCCUACAUUCCAUAUAACACUGCUAGACCAAAGUACACAAGUUGGGCUCCAGAGGUGAAAGAGAGGGUGACGGUGUAA